AUGUUUUCAUAAUCUCAAACUGUAUGAUCUAACAUUGUUUUUCGCUUCAAUUUGAACAAUAUGCUUACUGGCUAAUUGUACCAAAUUGGUUUUUAAUUGUUAAUUAAUUUAUUGUUUUAAUUGUCAAUUUACAGGAGAAUGCACACCAUGCCAUUGUGACAUUGUGUGACAUUGUCUCGGGUACAUACGACAAUAAACGUGAAUUGAGCUGAAUUGAAAGCCAUCACACACACCAUGCCCACUUGUGUGUCUUCAUGCCAAUUAACUCUUGUGUGUUCAUGUUCCUGUGCGCGGCCAGGGGCUCCGCAGCUAGCCCUGAGCUAGCCUCUAAUUGAUAACAAAAUCAUCGUCUUCUCGCCAGUCGAGAGGAUGCAUCGUGAGCCCGAUAAAUGAUUCGAAACGGAGCCGUUAAGGGUUGAUACGGGACAGUUUAAUGACCCUACAUUUUCGGCCCCCGGCUCCUGGAACCCCAGCGCUUCAACAAGGCGAGCAUCAGAGCUCCGUCUGCGGAUGUAAAGAGGAGACGAGACCCUCCGGUUAAUUUAUUUUUGGGGAGCAGCUAACCUUCGUCAUAUUGAACCAUGAUUUCCCCUUAGGAUUGGCAGAAAGCUCCAGGUCUGCUACAGAACCAGACAGGUUUCAUGCCUCUUAUGGAGAAGAUGUAACUCAAGGAUAAAGUGAAAGCUGUGGAUUUCCUCCCACCCCCCAUCUUUCCCAACAUCUGCUUUUCUUCAGUGGAUUCCAGUUUAAGCCUUCAAGUCUCGGUCACAGCUCCUUCGCCGAGCUAAGAGAUGGACUGGUCCACUCCAGCUGCCAAACUGAAUCCGUACUCGCGAGCCCGCAUGACGGAGGCCUGGCAGCAGCACGCCGUCGCUCCGCCUCCGGUUGUCCACACCAUCCCAGCGGGAGCUGAAAACGCUUUGAGCUGCGCAGUGUAUGGGAUUGUACUGCAGCCGGACGCCUCAUCGUUGCAGCAGCAUGGAGGUGGACAGCAGCAUGCGGGAGCUCAACAACACGCAGGCGGACAGCAGGGGCAACAUCCUUCUCAAGCCCAGCAAAGCUCUCUGCAGGUGGGAACAGAGUCGGGACACAAGUGUGGGACGUGUGGACACGACAUCUCCCACCUGGCUAACCCGCUUGAACACCACUGCAUGGUGAGUCAGGACAGGUCAUUCCAGUGCACUCAGUGUCUAAAGAUCUUCAAUCAGGCCACAGACUUGCUGGAGCACCAGUGUGUCCAGGUGGAGCAGAAGCCGUUUGUGUGCGGAGUAUGUAAGAUGGGCUUCUCCCUUCUUACCUCGUUGGCUCAGCACCACACGUCGCACAACAGCAGCAACCCCAUGAAGUGUUCCAUAUGCGAGAAGACGUAUCGGCCGGGCUCCUCCGGGAACACGACACCCACGUCCUCGAGCAGCUCCCAGCCGUCCAGCAGCGACGGGGCAUCGGCGAGCAGCAGCUCGUCCAUCUUACCUUUCCCCUCGGCUCGGGACCGGCCGUACAAGUGCUCCGUCUGCCAGAAGGGCUUCAAGCACCUCUCGGAACUCACGCGACACGAGAGGGUGCACACGGGGGAGAAACCCUUCAAAUGCGACACGUGCGACAAGGCUUUCAGCCAGUCGUCGCACCUGCAGCACCACCAGCGGACGCACAGCAACGAGAGGCCGUUCAAGUGCGCCGUGUGCGAGAAGAGCUUCAAGCACCGCUCGCACCUCGUCCGCCACAUGUACGUUCACUCGGGCGAGCACUUGUUCAAGUGCAACUUGUGCGAGCUACACUUCAAAGAGUCGUCGGAACUGCUCCACCACCCCUGUCACCCGCAGGGCUCCCGACCGUUCCGCUGCGCCACGUGCGGGAAGGGGUUUAAACGGCCGUCGGACCUACGGCAGCACGAGCGCACGCACUCCGAGGAGCGGCCCUUUCACUGCGACGAGUGCCAGAUGAGCUUCAAGCAGCAUUACGCGCUCGUGCGCCACAGACGGACGCACAAGGACCCCUCUGACCGGCCUUUCAGAUGCAGUUUGUGCGACAAAGGCUUCAUGCAGCCCUCGCACCUUCUCUAUCACCAGCACGUCCACGGCAUGGACAACCUGUUCAAGUGCGCCUCCUGCCAGAAGGAGUUCAGCCAGUCAGGAGAGCUCCUCAGACACAAGUGCGGGGAGUCGUCCAACUCCUCGCCGGACAAGCCGUACAAAUGUGACGUCUGCGGGAAGGGAUACAAAAAGAGCUCCACCUUGCAGCGCCACCAGAACUCCCACUGCCAGGAGAAGCCGCUGAAGUGCUCGCUCUGCGACCGGCGCUUCCUGUCCUCCUCGGAGUUCGUCCAGCACCGCUGCGACCCAUCCAGGGAGAAGCCCCUCAAGUGCUCUGACUGCGAGAAGCGCUUCAAGUACUCGUCGGACCUGAACCGCCACCGGCGUGUGCACACGGGAGAGAAGCCCUUCAAAUGCGACCACUGCAGCAAGGGUUUUAAACAGCGCGAGCAUUUGACCAAACACCAGAGCACGCACUCCCGGGAGGGCCAGUUCAAGUGCGUCUGGUGCGGAGAACGCUUCAGUGACUUGGGCUCUCUGCAGGACCACACUGUGCAGCACACGUCCGAUGGAGACGGUUACAAUGUGCCACAGUGCAUGUGAGCCAUGACUUUUUUUUUUUCUUUUUUUUUUCCCUGAAUGGACAGAACCAUCAGCGCUCCACCCACAGGCUGUUUAUGAACCCAAACAUCACUCUCGUUCAGGGCAAUCCUGGGCUGCAAACCGUUUUCAGAUUUCUUUGAUCACAGUAAAUAGGAAACUCUGGGUCUGGUUGAACAGUCAAGAAAAAAAAAAACUCUCCAAUUUUCUUUUUUUUUUUCAGUUAUACUGUGAGACAAAAGCUAUAUUCAGAUUUGUUUAGUUUUGUAGCAAAACUAAACUUUGAUGUUUUAAAGAACAUUGGACAAAAAUUACAUUUAAACUAGAGAUGGAUCGAUUAGUCAAACAGUGAUUAGGAACAGCCAAUGGUCUUAUCAUUCAAUGCUACUGAUCUAGAGCUGGACAAUAUAUAAAAUCCCACUCUUAAUUACAAAAUCAAUCUGGGUAAUAUCACAAUCACAAAGGACCAUUUGUAUGCAAUAUUUGAUGCAUAAACUGGCAUAGUCUUGGAACCUCUUCCUUUUCUGUGUAAUUCAAAACUAUCAAACAGCUGUUAGCACAUUUUAUUUCCUGUUUCAUAUGAUAUAAUGGUUUGAGAGGAAAACUGGAGUCAAUAGUUAAAGCCCAAAUAUCGGUGUCAGUCCAGAAAAGCUUGAUUGGUGCAUCUUUAAUUAAUAUGAAUCUUUUGUAUCCCAUCGAAUCAUAGAUUACUUAUUACAUAUAAAUCAUGUCAGUGAGCUAAAAUACAAAGCUAAGUUAAACUUAAUUUCAAAAACGUGUAAUUGAACAAGUUGAAGAUGAUUUAAAACCUUCAAGUCACGUCUUGGACGAUUUAAAAUCCCUCGUAUUUAUUUAGAUGCGCUGCAGAAAAAACGUGUAAUGUCUCCUUUAUUUUCAUAAAGGAUGGCCUGGCAUUUUCCAUCAGAAAAUAUUUCCAGUUUAAUUCAUUCUUUUAGGAAUCUUCUUGAGUUAAAAGAAGACUGUUCAACUGGACUCUUCUCUUUUCUUCUAUAUCUUGGUGUUUUAUUUGGCCAACCCAUGCUCAGUGAUAGCACUGUGGAGGUUAAAACGGAGAUGUAUUCGACCGCUAGCGCCGCUGUCAGCCCUCUUCUGGUACACGACUACUCUGAAAUGUUUGACUUUACACAUUAACCCCAAACUAUGUUCAAUAGACAUUCAAUUUUAAACUGUUUUCCCAUUCUGCUCGUGUGAACCUGACGGGACCUCAAAGCGUUGGCGCUUCAAAACAACAUUGAGCAUCCACAGCAAAAUGUUAUCACUACAAGUCAUUCAAACAUACUUGCUGUUUGCUACUAAAAUAUGCGUUUUAGUAAUACGAGUGGAUCCAUUCGAUCCUCCUAAAUCACUUACUGUUUUUCGAUUUAAUUUGUCCAUUAUGCCUUUUUUCUUUCCCUCUUUUUUGUCCCGCUUCUCUCUCCACAGUAAAAAAGGAGAAUUUCCCACAGUUAUGAUGAAAAGAGAGUACACCCUCCUUCAAUUCUAGAGUUUAAGCUGUUGUCAUUAAUUAAACAAAGAUAAAGCAGAAAAACCAAGUGCACAUCACGGUUCAAUCACCCGUAACAGUAAUGAUGUCAAAGCUUUUUUUGUGUCACUGUAUCAAUCCCACAGAAUGUUGUUGUACUUAAAGCUGACAUACUAUCCUUGGAUUUCUGCAAACACAGUGCCGUGAAUGAUAGCUCAACCUCUCUACGCUGGUCUUGUCUGUGCAAAUUACUAUACAUUUUUCCCAGCUCAUUCAGAUGCAAUGUUGUAAAUCUUGUUGUUCCACAAUUAUUUUUUACAGAGAGAAGAACUAUUCUUCUUCAACCCUUUCAAAAAAAAUCACACUUCAGUCUUUUCUAACUAUCCUGUCAGGAACUUUAAUUUGCUAAAUGAGCCCUGUAGAGUCUGAGAUGCAGCUCUUAGAUUUUUGUGCACUUUUUUUUUUUUUUGAGCACUGCACAACCAGACGCUGAGGUAAAUCCUGUUUGGACACUAACUUAUGGAAACUGCUGUUUCUUUCUUUUACGUUGUCUGCUUCACUGAAGAACAAUGGACUACAAAUUAUGCUGUAAUAAGAAGUUUAUGGGCAGCUUCCAUUUUGCCAUUGUGUUAACUUAUUUUUUCACUUUUCCAUUUUCACUUCAUCUUUUAUAAGUAACGACUGUGUGGAAUCUAUGUGAAAUUAGAGGGUGUACUUUCUUUUUAUUCUGACUGGAGCUUCACAUCUAACUCUGUGUAUCUUUAUAGUACCAUUGUGAACCUAUUGUCACAUUCAGGUAGCAGAGGACAUGUGCUCCCCAUGUUUAUUUCAGCUGCUGCUAGUAUUACUGUACCAGAAUAUGAUGCUGUGCCAUGUAGGGUUCAGACUUUCUACAGAACUGAAUUUAACCACCAGUUAAAGUCCAAAUGAUUCAAUCUAAUGAAACCUGCCAGUUUAGACAUAUAUAGAAUUACUAAUAUAUUUCGAUUCAUUGUUCUCCUCAUACUCCUGCAGAGGUCAGUGUUGUGGGAUAAUAUGAACUGAAUCCUCUCUCUCAGCUUGUACAUAUGAGCCAAAAUGAUUGGAAAUAUCAGAAGUUGUUUUUCUGAAGAUUUUUCCAAAAUUUUUUUUACUAUGUGAAACGUUUCGACAAAUGCUCCCUCUCUCUUUUUUUUUUUUUUUUUUUUUGUGGUGUUUUUCUGAUCUGUGUAGUUUUUUUGGUGCCAGUAUGUUACCGGGACUCUCAAAGAGAAACCUUUGUGAGAGACUGAUUGUGUGAAUGUAAAAACUGUGUUUUAAACAGGGGAUUUCAGAGUGAUAAGAACUGAUUUGACCGUCUCUCCGCCUUUGAUUUUUUUUUUUGAAGUUUGUCCAGGCUGAGCUGCUCCUGUAGGAUGGUUCUGCCCCUCUGUGCUAAAAGACUUAGGAGUUUGUUCUGUCGUUUCCUGUUGAGUUGUGUCUGCCGAGGCGGGUUUGUUUCUGAAUCAUCAUCUAAAAUUGCCACGAGAUUGUUGUGUCUCUCAAGAAGCCACUUUGUUUACGUGUUGACUGUGACUGCCUUCGUUUUUUUCUUUAUGUGUCCACCCUUCAUCUCCUAUAAAGUUUGAGUGCAGUAUUAAAUAUAUGUUUUGAAGACUUUUCUACAAAAUGAGGAAUUGAGUCCAUUUCAAUUCAGCCUUAAAAUGUUUUGCUUUAUGCCUCGUCUCUUAAUCAUUCAAUGUAAGAAAGCUAACCAUGAGUCCUUCUUUUAUUACUUUAUCGUUUUUGCAGACUUUGAGGACGAGUUUGACUGUGUUUUUAUGGUUUGUGCUUGUUUAUUUUGAUAUCUAGAUCUUUUUAUUACAUUGCUAUAGUAUGUGUUUUGUGGGAGUGGGAGACCAGGGCCCCUUGGGGUUGGUUUAAAAUUUAAAAGUGUGCAUUUAAAAGCUUUUUAUAUCCAGAAACACAAUUCAUCUGUUCAAAGCCAAAGAACUCCAGUUGCUAUUGUCUAUAUUCUUUGUUUUGGAGUAUUAGAAUAUUCUUGCAAAUUCUCAGAAAAACAAGUCUGUCCUUCAUAUGUUCUUGGUAGAAAAGGAAAUCUACUCCAUAGCUAUCAAAGGGAGUGAGAAUCUUCUUUAUAGGCACAAUUCUAACCUCAGUUAUUACUGGUUUUACUGGAAAAGAAAAAAAUACCAUCACCAGUUAACCCAGUCAUGCCCACUUUAGUACCACUAAACCCCGGCCCCGUUAAACCCUGAUGUUUUCCUCCUGUCUGCAUGCUUGCUGUUAGUAUUUGUGUUUGCUUUUUUUUUGUUCUUCUCCUCUUCCCAGCCCUUUUCCUUCCUGUUUUAUAGCGUUUUUUUUUUUUUUUGUUGUUUUUUUUUUAUUGUUCUGUGGUUUAUGUGAACGACGUUGAAGAGAAAACUUGGAAAAGAAAAAAAACUUUGUGGCAUAGUACAGUUCAUUCUGAGAUCAUCUGUAUGUUUGUAGCAUCCAUUUACACAGAGCACUAACAAAUAAAACUUUUUUUUCAUUUAUAA